CUCCAAGCCAGACCCAACUAGAGCCUUUAUAUGGCGCCGGCGCUCCGUAUGGAUUCCUGGCCAAAUCGGAAGAUUGCUCUACUCUACUCAAGGAACGAAACGCGGCGAAGCUAGAAUCAUGUCCAAUUCGGAAAUAAGGCCUCUUCGAAUCCUCAUCAGCGGCGCCGGUAUCGGUGGGCUGACAGCCGCAAUUGCGCUCCGUCAAGCUGGCCAUAGCAUUUUUGAACAAUCUCGAUUUGCGAACGAGCUUGGGGCGGCAAUUCACUUAGCGCCGAACGCGAACUGUCUUGUACGGAGGCUUGGCCUUGUUCCCGAGAUGAAAGGCGGCGUAGAAACGGAGUGGAUAUCAGAGUAUAGACCGGAUGGAUCACUAGUGUUUGAGAAAGAUGCUUCUGGGAUAGCAGAUAGAUACCGUCAUCCAUCGCAUUCGAUGCACCGAGCCGAUCUGCAUUCGGCAUUGAAGGAAAUAGCGAUAGCGAAUGAAGGGAGAGGAGUCCCAGCAACCAUUGCUACCAGCAGCCGGGUUGUGGGUGUUGAUUUCGAAGAGAAUACACUUAUCCUGGAGAGUGGGGAGAGGCAUAGCGGGGACGUCAUAAUCGGUGCCGACGGUGUCCAUUCCACUCUUCGCUCCGCAGUCGUCGGGGAAGAUAGUCCAGCACUCCCUAGUGGGCAUUCCGCCUUCCGUUUCCUACUCCCCGUCAGCGAAAUCCUCGCGGAUCCUACGACAGCACAGUUCGCAGCUAAUACGGGAAAGCUGCAAGUAUGGAUGGCGGACGACAAGAGGGUAGUCAUAUACCCCUGUCGAUAUAAUCUCCUCCUCAACAUCGUGUGCUGCUACACUGAUACUAGAAACGGCUCUCAUAAGGAAGAUUGGAGUCAGGAUGCAAAUAAAGCGGAAAUGCUGGACGUGUUCAAAGACUUCUGUCCACCUAUAAUUGCAUUGCUUUCAAAGGUGCCCGUAAACGAAAUUAAGCUCUGGCAGCUUCUGGAUCUGCCGGCACUUCCCACAUGGGUGAAGGGAAAUGUAGCGCUAAUGGGCGAUGCUGCUCAUCCUCUCUUGCCAUAUCAAGGACAAGGAGGCGCACAGGCAAUCGAAGAUGGUGUAGCCCUGGCCGCUGUUCUUCCCCUAGGAACGAAGAAGGAGGACGUCGUAGAUAGGCUUAAAUUGUACCAGGAAUGUAGAUACGAACGUGCAACAAGGGUGCAAGAUGUUACACGAAUGCUAGGUCUUCGCCCCGCAGAACGCAGAGAAAAGCAUAACGGUAAGCUUCGCACCGGUACCCAGAACUCCCGCCCAUCCUCCAGGUCAUACUGCUGA